CAGGGAUAGAGGCUGAUAAGGCUGCGGCGGACAGUGGAGCUGUAUCCUCUCUGAGAACUGAGUGACUGUGCUGCAGCUUCUCCUCCGACGCCGACCGACCCGACACAGAUGAUGUCAUCAGAGCACCUGACCUGCGGUUGGCUGCAGCAGCUACUCGUCGUGCUUCUGAAGCUUUGCCUCUCAUUUGCGGGGCCUUUGCGACCGCUCAAUGGGACCGAAUGCACAGCCAAGGGUCCUGCUUCCUACAUACUGGUUUUUACAGGUCACUGGAGCCCACAGGCCUUCCCCAAGCAGUAUCCACUGUUCCGGCCUCCUGCACAGUGGUCCAAACUCAUAGCGGUCAGCCAUAAUCGGCAUUUUCGGCUCUGGGAGGAGGGUGCUCCAGCCAGUGCAGGCGUGCAGAGCUUCGCUGAAGUCGGGGUGACGGUGGAACUGAUGAAGGCGGCCAAGGAGGCCAGGAAGAGACGCACAGUCGGCGCCAUGUACCGAACGGCCGGCAUCCCUAACGGCAUCGGGCACAGCUCCACUGAGUUGCUCAUGCAGCCCCGGAGCUCACUGUUGUCCCUGCUGGUGAAAAUGAUCCCCAGCCCUGACUGGUUCAUCGGUGUGGACAGCCUGAACCUUUGCGAGGGCAGGCAGUGGAAACAGGAAGUGACCAUUGACCUCCAGCCUUAUGAUGCUGGGACAGACAGUGGAUUCACUUUCUCCUCUCCCAACUUCCCCACCAGCCCACCUGAAAACAUCACAAAGAUCACAUCUCAGAUGCCAAACCAUCCAGCCAACUCCUUCUACUAUCCACGCUUAAAGGAGCUCCCACCCAUCGCCAGCAUAAAGAUCACUCGACAGAUCAGAUCACCUGGCCAUCAGGCCCCAAUGUCCAAUCAUAUCCUCCCGAACUCUAUCAGCCCCCAGCGUUUCUCAGCGACACCACUGGACUGUGAAGUGUCUCUCUGGUCAUCCUGGGGUUUGUGUCUAGGUCCGUGCUCCAGAGGUGGUGUCCGCCACCGCACACGUUACAUCCUCUUGCGGCCUGCAAAUGCUGGCGUCCCGUGCCCUGAGCUCGAGGAACAGACGGAAUGUGUGCCACACAGCUGUAUGAGAGUCCAGUAACCCGCAAGGAGAACACAAACACAGAUACUAGGUUUGGCGACAACUGCCAAACUGGCAUAUGACGAUUUCCAUA